AUGAACAAAGGCAAGAAACAAUAAUUUGUUGAUGAACCAGGUUAUGACUCGCCUACUUCAUCAAAGCUAGAUAUUCCUACCCCUCAAGAUAUAAUAUGCAUUAAAAUCAAGAAAUCAGAUAAUCAGAUUGUAAAAAUAGCCAUAAAUUUGAAAGUCGACUUUGUAAUUGACAUCAAAGAGAGAGUAUUUUAAAAAGAAAGAGAUGAGGGUAAAAAUAUAAGACUCAUAUAUCAGGAUAUAAAGGAUGGAGCAUUUAUACACGCUUUUAUUACUUAAGCUCCAGUACAUCAGCCAACUGAGUAGAAUGAGAACUCAAAUAAUUAGUCCUUAGCUAAUGACCCAGAAGAAAGACUAGGCUUUGAUAGGCUUCUCGCCAAUAAUUCAUAUUCAGAAAUUGAGGUUCACUCAAUAAGACUUUAAUUUCAUUCUAUAAUGAUGAGAUGUGGAAUAGAAAAGACUAAUGAAACCAGCGAAAGUUUGCUUGAGAAUGAAGAGAAAUGUUCUCAGCUAGAGGAAUGA